AAGUUAUAUAUACGACAAAAGAGCCUCUGUUUAUAGUCUCCGAAGAGAGAGUUUUAGAGAGAGGAAGAGAGAGAACUAUGGCGACGGACGUGGUGGUGUUGCAGCACGAAGGGAAGAGGCAGGGCAGUGAGAAGCAGCAUGUCUUCUGCAAGGCGGGUCCCGGUUACGCCACGCCUCUCGACGCCAUGUCUGGUCCCAGAGAGUCUCUCAUCUAUGUCACCUGCGUUUAUUCUGGGACGGGAAUAGAAAAACCUGAUUACUUGGCCACCGUGGAUGUGGAUCCAAGUUCUCCUACUUUUUCAAAAGUUAUCCACAGACUGCCUAUGCCAUACUUAGGUGAUGAGCUUCAUCAUACUGGAUGGAAUUCGUGCAGUUCUUGCCAUGGAGAUCCUUCUGCAGAUAGGCGUUUUCUGAUCGUACCUUCACUGAUAUCUGGUCGUAUUUAUGUGGUUGACACAAAGACAAACCCAAAAGCACCCUCUUUACAUAAAGUUGUUCAUCGCGAAGAAAUAAUUCAGAAAACAGGGUUAGCAUAUCUACACACAUCCCAUUGCCUGGCUUCUGGUGAUGUAGUGGUAUCAUGUCUGGGUGAUAAAGAUGGAAAUGCAAAGGGAAGUGGGUUUCUUCUCCUCGACUCAGAAUUUAAUGUUAAAGGAAGGUGGGAGAAAACAGGGCAUAGUCCUUUAUUUGGCUAUGAUUUUUGGUACCAACCAAGACACAAGACGAUGAUAAGCUCGUCAUGGGGUGCUCCUGCUGCUUUUACCAAAGGCUUCAGCCUUGAGGAUGUUACUAAUGGUUUCUACGGGAAGCAUCUUUACGUAUACAGCUGGCCCGGUGGUGAGUUGAAACAAACACUGGAUCUUGGCAGUACAGGGCUGUUACCCUUGGAGAUAAGGUUCCUUCACGAUCCAUCCAAAGAUACCGGAUUUGUUGGAUGUGCUUUAACAAGUAAUAUGGUGAGGUUUUUCAAGAACCAGGAUGAUUCUUGGAGCCACGAGCUUGCCAUAUCAGUGAAACCAUUAAAAGUACAAAACUGGAUUCUUCCAGAAAUGCCUGGACUGAUAACUGAUUUUCUGAUAUCACUCGAUGAUCGCUUUCUAUACUUCGUGAACUGGCUUCAUGGUGAUGUGAGACAGUACAACAUUGAGGACCCUAAAAAUCCUGAGUUGACAGGCCAAGUUUGGGUCGGAGGACUAAUCCAAAAGGGAAGCCAGAUUUUAGCCGAGGGGGAAGAUGGUAAAAGAUGGCAGUUUGAUGUGCCAGAAGUCCAGGGGCAUAAAUUGAGAGGUGGACCACAGAUGCUCCAGCUUAGCUUAGACGGGAAGCGUCUCUAUGUCACCAACUCGCUCUUCAGUACAUGGGAUCGCCAAUUCUAUCCUGAUCUUCCAGUGAAAGGUUCCCACAUGUUACAAAUUGAUGUCAAUACUGAGAAAGGUGGUCUUUCCAUAAACCCCAAUUUCUUUGUGGACUUUGGAGCUGAACCUGAUGGUCCGUCCCUUGCCCAUGAAAUGAGAUAUCCAGGAGGUGACUGCACUUCAGAUAUAUGGAUCUAACUGUUUCAGAUCUAGCAAUAAAUUAUGUGACUUUGACAUCUUUCAAGACAAAUAAUAAAGGGUCCACUUUGUAUUUAAGUGUCUACUUACCAACAAUGAUCUAGUUUAUAUAAUGAAUAAUGAUCCUUGUGAUGCUUCAACUACUUUACUUUUUGCA